AUGUGGAUGGCAUUGAUCUUCCAGCUGCUCCUUGCGGCAGCUACAACAGCAGCUACCACCGCGGCGACUGAUGGGUGUCCGCCGAGCUGUGGCGGCGUGGACAUCCCCUACCCCUUCGGUAUCGGCGCCGGCUGCUUCCGCAAGGGCUUCGAGAUCGAGUGCACCAAGGGCGGCCCUGUGCUCGCCGGCACGCCACUCCGGGUGGUGAAGCUGUCGUUGGAUCCAGACGAGUCGCAGGUGAUGCUUCCCAUCGGGUCGCAGUGCUUCAACACCUCCAGUCCAGCUGAAACCAACGACAUCAUGUAUGGAGAGACGAUGAUGAACCAGCACGGCGUGUACCGCAUCUCCGACACGCACAACAUGCUCAUCGUCGUCGGCUGCAACACCGUCGGUUACAUCGCCAGCAAGGAGACCGUUGGGGGUGGCGACGACUACGCCUACAACAUCGGUUGCAUGUCCUACUGCAACAACUCAGUGAGCGCGCAGAACGGACAGUGCAAAGGCGUCGGGUGCUGCCACGUCGACAUCCCGCCGGGGCUCACCGACAACUACUUCGACUUCGACUCUGAAUACAACCACUCCGCCGUGAUGAACUUCAGCUCGUGCGACUACGCCUUCCUCGUCGAUAGGAACAACUACACCUUCCACAGGUCUGAUCUCAAGAUGGACAGACGUCGGACCUCACUGGUGUGGCUCGACUGGGCCAUUCGCGGCUCCGCAGAUAUCUCCGGCAACGACAUACUAUCAUGCAAACAAGUGGCCACGACAAGUCAGCACGCCUGCGUCAGCAACCACAGCGACUGCAUCGACUCUAUCAAUGGGCCUGGCUACAACUGCAAGUGCUCCAAAGGCUACGCGGGCAACCCUUACGUUGUCGACGGGUGCACCAAUAUAAAUGAAUGUGCAAAUCCAGCCAAGUAUCCCUGCUACGGUGUAUGCAGAGACACCCAAGGAGGGUACGGAUGCUACUGUCCUGUAGGUUAUCGGAGCCAUGACCCACGAACCGAACAAUGCACUCAAAAAUUCCCACUUGCAGCACAGAUUUCCGUAGGUGCAAUAGGUGGCAUUCUUGUCUUGGCAUUUCUUGCAUUCUUUUUUGUUCUUCGCAAAGAGAAGCAGAAGGCCAGAGACUUUUACCGAAAGAAUGGUGGUCUUACAUUAGAGAAAGCUAGAACUAUUAAGAUUUACACAAGGGGGGAUCUCAAACCAAUUUUAAAGAGUAGCAAUGUAAUUGGUAAAGGUGGCUUUGGUGAAGUUUACAAGGGUGUUGUUGAUGGAGUUAUCGUCGCAGUAAAGAAACCAAAUGGUCGUAGUGUCCUAGAGAAGGAGCAAUUUCCAAAUGAAGUCACCAUCCUAUCUCAAGUCAGCCACAAGAACAUCGUAAGGCUUAUAGGUUGUUGCCUCGAAGUGGAUAACCCCAUGCUAGUCUAUGAAUUCAUCUCCAAAGGAAGCUUGGAUGACAAUCUUCAUAGAGCUGACAACAAGGACCUUCUUGACUUGGAUGUACGUCUAAGUAUUCUUGAAGACUCGGCACAUGGUCUAUCUUAUAUGCACUCACAAACCCACAACACAAUCCUGCAUGGUGAUGUUAAACCAGCAAACAUACUCCUGGAUGAGAACUUUUCCCCAAAGAUCGCGGAUUUUGGCAUAUCGAGGUUGAUUGCAAAAGGAAAGGAGCACACUAGAAACAUCAUAGGUGACAUGUCCUAUAUGGAUCCAGUGUACCUACAAACAGGUCGAUUGACCGAUAAAAGUGAUGUCUACAGUUUUGGGGUUGUCAUCUUAGAGCUCAUUAGCAGGAGGAGGGCCACUCAUUCUGACAAUAAUAGCCUAGUGAGGAGCUUCCUAGAGUGUCACCAAAAUGGGGAGAGCAUGACUGAGCUCUUUGAUAAGGAAAUUGCAAUGACAGGAGAUUUGGAAUUUCUUAACAAGUUGGUAGAUAUUGCUGUUGAGUGUCUUAACCUUGAUGCUGAUAAAAGACCAUCAAUGACAGAUGUUGCAGGGCGCCUUCUCACGCUGCAUAGGGCCCGCAAUCUGUAG